UGCGAAGGCAUAUACCGCCCUCGGCCCCGCCCCCUCCUCGUGCCCUCUCCCUCCUUUUUAGGGUUUCGCGCCUCGCUUCUCGCUCCCUCUCUCUGCCUCGGCCGCGUCCGUCGCUUAUUGGAUUAGGUUACCGCGAGGUCUCCUUCUCGCCGGCGGCGGCCGCUGCGGCGGAGAUGGGUGUCCCGGCGUUCUACCGGUGGCUGGCGGAGAAGUACCCUAUGGUGGUGGUGGACGUGGUGGAGGAGGAGCCUGUCGAGAUCGAGGGCGUCAAGGUGCCCGUCGACACCUCCAAACCUAAUCCCAAUAGCCUCGAGUUCGACAACCUCUACCUCGACAUGAACGGGAUUAUACACCCCUGCUUCCACCCCGAGGAUAGGCCCUCCCCAACAACAUUUGCUGAGGUUUUCCAGUGCAUGUUUGAUUACAUAGAUAGGCUCUUUGUCAUGGUUCGCCCUCGGAAGCUUAUGUAUAUGGCCAUUGAUGGCGUGGCUCCUCGUGCUAAGAUGAACCAGCAGCGCUCUAGACGGUUUAGAGCUGCAAAAGAUGCAGCUGAUGCUGCUGCUGAAGAAGAAAAACUGCGUGAAGAGUUUGAGAGGGAAGGCAGAAAGCUUCCUCCAAAACUGCAAUCACAAACCUGUGACUCUAACGUUAUUACCCCUGGGACCGAGUUUAUGGCUGUUCUAUCAGUUGCUUUGCAGUACUACAUCCACCUCAGAUUAAAUUAUGAUCCUGGAUGGAAGCAAAUUAAAGUUAUUCUUUCUGAUGCCAAUGUUCCUGGUGAAGGGGAACACAAAGUUAUGUCCUAUAUCCGUGGCCAACGGAAUCUCCCUGGAUUUAACCCAAAUACCCGCCAUUGCUUGUAUGGCCUGGAUGCAGAUCUGAUCAUGUUAGCUUUAGCAACACAUGAAGUACACUUCUCCAUACUGAGAGAGGUGGUUUUUACACCUGGGCAGCAGGAAAAAUGCUUCUUGUGUGGUCAAGUUGGACAUCUAGCAGCAAAGUGUGAAGGAAAGGCAAAAAGGAAAGCUGGGGAGUUUGAUGAGAAGGGUGAUGCAAUUGUUCCAAAGAAACCUUACCAGUUCUUGAACAUAUGGACCCUAAGGGAGUACAUAGAAUACGAGUUCAGAAUGCCAAAUCCACCUUUCCAGAUUGAUCUUGAACGCAUCAUCGAUGAUUUCAUCUUCAUGUGUUUUUUUGUUGGCAAUGAUUUUCUUCCGCACAUGCCAACACUCGAGAUUCGGGAGGGAGCUAUUAAUUUGCUAAUGGCUGUAUACAAGAAGGAGUUUCCUUCAAUGGGUGGCUAUUUAACUGAUGCUUGCACGCCGGAUCUGAAUAGAGUUGAACACUUCAUUCAGGCAGUUGGUUCCUACGAGGAUAAAAUAUUUCAGAAAAGAGCUCGGUUGCACCAGCGUCAAGCGGAAAGAAUAAGACGGGAUAAGGCCCAAGCGAAGCGAGGAGAUGAUCUGGAUCCCCAUGUCAGGACUGAUCUUAUUGUACCUGUUGCACGCUUUCAAGGGUCCCGCCUUGCUUCUGGGUCUGUGGCUUCACCAUUUGAACAGAAUGGAUCUCAUAAAAACAGUACAGAAAAGGGUAGUCGAGCUCAGAAAGCUGCACGUGUAUCAUCAUCUGAUUCCAGCCUUUCUGCUGCUCUUGUUGAAGCUGAAAAUAGCCUUGAAGCACAGGAACGUGAAAACAAAGAAGAUAUGAAAUCAAUGCUUAAAGAUGCACUUCGUGAGAAGUCAGACCUUUUUAAUUCCGAAAAUCCAGAGGAGGACAAGGUGAAGCUUGGAGAACCAGGAUGGCGAGAAAGAUACUAUGAAGAUAAGUUUGGGGCACGAACACCUGAACAAAUUGAAGAAAUACGUAGAGAUGUUGUUCUCAAAUAUACUGAAGGUUUGUGUUGGGUAAUGCACUAUUAUUAUGAAGGUGUCUGCUCAUGGCAAUGGUUUUACCCGUAUCACUAUGCUCCUUUUGCUUCGGAUUUAAAAGGCUUAGGCGAGCUUAAUAUAACUUUCAAUCUUGGGUCACCUUUCAAACCUUUUGAUCAGCUUAUGGGGGUUUUUCCUGCGGCGAGCUCACAUGCACUACCUCUACAGUAUCGGAAAUUGAUGUCUGACCCAAAUUCACCAAUUAUAGAUUUUUAUCCAAUCGAUUUUGAAGUAGAUAUGAACGGAAAGAGGUUUUCUUGGCAGGGGAUAGCAAAACUGCCUUUCAUUGAUGAAUCUAGGUUGCUGGCUGAGAUUAAAAAAGUUGAGCAUACUUUGACGCCUGAAGAAGCAAGGAGAAACAGUACCAUGUACAAUAUGCUUUUUGUGAAUGGCUCCCAUCCACUGUCGCCUUAUAUCUACUCUCUCAACAGCAAAUUUGGACAUCUGCCUGAUGACGAGCGAAAUACAAUUAAAGAACUGCUUGAUCCUUCUGCUAGUGGAGGAAUGAAUGGUUACAUCUCACUGUGUGGUGGGGAUCCAAGCCCUCCUGUCUUCAGAUCUCCUGUGGAUGGACUGGAGGACAUUAUGGACAAUCAAGUGAUAUGUUCAAUUUACAAGCUUCCAGAUCCUCAUAAGCACAUUGCACGUCCACCCAUUGGUGUUAUCAUACCUAAGAAGAUUGUUGAAGCUGGUGAUCUGAAACCACCGCCUGUCCUGUGGCAUGAAGACACUGGCAGGAGGCCUUAUGACAAUAAUAACAACAAUAGAAGACAUAGUGAUAACAGCAGCAGGCAAAACCCUCCAGGGGCAAUGCAUGGUCGCCAACUCGGGGAGGCUGCCCACCGACUGGUUGCGAACAGCUUGAAUGUUCGCAGUGGUGGGCAGUAUGCCCCGGCCAGGCCAUACCAAACGAUAAUGAGUGGUAUGCACUAUCCAAAUGGAAUGCCUCCAAGGAUGGAGCGGCCUGUUGGUCGUCCUGGUUGGCAUGUUCCUGGUGAUAAUGUGCCUAAUGGUCAGGUACCAAUCUAUGCAUCGCCAUCAGGUCAUCAUCAGUAUGAAAGAGAUAACCGUGGAAGGCAUCAGCCAUAUGCAAGAGAUAGCCACCAUGAUCCAAGAGCAGUGGGUCGGGUUCAAUCUGGGUACCAUCAGAACAGUGGCAACACAUAUUCAUCUGUUGCUGCUGCUCCCUCGUCAGGUUUUGGACGGUAUGGGCACCCUUCACACGCUGGGGACUAUGCUGGUGGCUACCAGCCUCCACCGUAUGCACCCAUCCAACAGUGGCAGCAGCAACAACCUCAUAGUUCCUAUUCUUCUGGAGGCGGGGCACCUCCGGCAAGACCCAGUUCGCGUCCACAGCAGUCGCAGAACCGUUAUUGCACCUUAGAUAGGACCUCCAACAGGAGACCUCCAUCAGGUCACGGCCGCCACUAAGCGGGCUACCUCUUUGGUUCUAGCCUUGGUUUUGUUGUUACUAGAACUUCCAAUAUAGGCUCACCGUAAAUCAGCUAUAGGAAUAGACACAGCGUGUCCAAAGUCUGGCGAUCGUCAAGCUUCUAGGUCGUGGAAUCAAAGGUCAGGACUCGGGAGGUGUUGUAUACUACUAGCAAUUACUGCCAGACCACCAGAGAGUAAGAAUAGGCACCACCAAUUGAAAAGUCUGGUGAUCUUCAACCUCGCAGACUGCAGCUGCAAAGAUUUUGAGGGGCAAGUGUUGUAUACUAGCAAUUAUUGUCGGACCACCAGAUGGUGGUGGUUGAUUAAUGUUAUUUCAUUUGUGGUUAGUUUAUGCAGAACAUGAUAUAUAAGUUCCCUGCGGUUGCGAAUUGCGAACAUGUUUAACAUGUUUUGUAUUGUUGAGAUAAUGUAUGUACGGCUAAUCUAAUACAUUAGUCUUGGCGUGCGGCAUUGCAUGCAUGGAAUAUUCCA